GCGCUACAGACGGGCGCUACAGUAUUCUAGGCCGCUCGUGAGAUCAAACAGAUGCACUCCGUUCCCCGGAUCACCAUCGAGAUUAGAGGUGCGCUCUCAACUUUAUUCCAAUGGCGAAAACGGGGGUCCUUUGAAUCUGCAUUGAGGUGCUGAUCGCCGCAUUCAUACCCGAGGAAGUGGAGACUCACAGCAGGAAGAGCUUGUUCAAGGCUGUAAGAGAUUGGAGCAACAUCCGCUGCUUUUCAAUAGCAGGUUGGGUGAUCAAGCAGUAGUCCAGCUCUGACAGCCAGUGGAAACCCAGGUGUGGCCAUGGCUCAGCAAGCGCAGGGCCAGUCGAGGCGUUUCACCACUAUGGAUGUUGAUGAGGAGGAGAACAUGAGUUCAUGCAGCACCGACGUAAAGGAAAACCGAAACCUGGACAACGUCUCUUCUAAGGAGGGAGCUGGCCUGGUGGAGCAGCUCCCCAAUGGUAGUGGAGGAGGGGGUCGCAAGCGGCCCCUGGAGGAGGGCAACAAUGGGCACGCGCAUUCCAAAUUCAGACCCAAGAAACGUAAGAAAACACCAGGGCCGGUUCUGCCCAAGAACGCCCUGAUGCAGCUGAACGAGAUAAAACCGGGUUUGCAGUACAAGCUGCUCUCGCAGACCGGCCCGGUCCAUGCGCCGGUCUUCGUCAUGACCGUUGAGGUUAACGGCCAAUUGUUCGAGGGUUCGGGGCCUACGAAGAAAAAGGCUAAGUUAAACGCCGCUGAAAAGGCCUUGCGUUCCUUUGUGCAGUUCCCAAACGCAUCCGAGGCGCACAUGGCCAUGGGCCGUACUCUCACCGUCAACACGGAUUUCACCUCCGACCAGGCUGACUUCCCUGACAUGCUCUUCAAUGGGUUUGAGACGCCGGCACUGUCUGAGGAAACAUUUUUUCUGGGCUCCAACGGAAACGGCUCCUUAAAACCGCUGGGAGAGUAUCCCGUGCCCCAAGCACCAGGUACGAACAGCCUCGUGCAGGCGCCGCUGCCACUGCCCUCCUCCUUCACCUCCUCAACCAAUGGUAAAAACCCUGUCAUGAUUCUCAACGAGCUGCGGCCGGGCCUCAAAUACGAGUUUGUGUCGGAGAGCGGGGAGAGCCACGCUAAGAACUUUGUGAUGUCGGUGACCGUGGACACGCAGACAUUUGAGGGCUCGGGACGAAAUAAGAAACUUGCUAAAGCUCGGGCUGCCCAGGCAGCUCUGUCAGCGCUCUUCAACAUGCAACUGGACCAAACCCCAUCACGCCAACCCAUCCCAAGAGAGGGGCUACAGCUGCACCUGCCUCAAGUCCUUGCAGAUGCCGUUUCUCGUCUGGUAGUGGACAAAUUCAGCGAGCUCACUGACAACUUCACGUCUCCACAUGCGCGACGGAAAGUUCUGGCUGGUGUUGUCAUGACAACAGGCACUGAUGUCAAGGACGCUCAGGUCAUCUGCGUCUCCACAGGAACCAAAUGUAUAAACGGCGAGUAUAUGAGCGACCGUGGCCUGGCGCUCAACGACUGUCACGCUGAAAUCAUUGCUCGUCGCUCCCUGAUCAGGUAUCUCUACAUGCAGCUGGAGCACUUCUUAAGUAACAAUAAAGAGGAACAUGAAAAGUCCAUAUUCACGCAGUGUGACAAACGUGGCUACCGGCUGAAAGACAACGUCCAGUUUCAUCUUUACAUCAGCACAUCACCUUGCGGAGAUGCUCGGAUCUUCUCUCCACACGAGGCGGCUGUUGAGGACCAGGGAGACAGACACCCAAACAGGAAGGCAAGGGGCCAACUGAGGACCAAGAUUGAGUCUGGAGAGGGAACCAUCCCGGUGCGCUCUAGUAACACUAUACAGACGUGGGACGGAGUUCUGCAGGGCGAGAGGCUGCUCACCAUGUCAUGCAGUGACAAAAUAGCAAGGUGGAACGUGGUGGGCAUCCAGGGCUCUCUGAUGAGCUACUUCACUGAGCCCAUCUACUUCUCCAGCAUCAUCCUGGGCAGCCUGUAUCACGCUGAUCAUCUCUCCAGAGCCAUGUACCAGCGGAUCGCUGACAUCGAAGACCUGCCCCAGCAAUUCGCCCUCAACCGCCCCCUGCUCAGUGGAAUCAGUAACGCUGAGGCCCGGCAGCCGGGGAAGGCUCCUAACUUCAGUGUGAACUGGACGGUGGGAGAUCAGGCUCUAGAAGUCAUUAACGCCACCACAGGCAAGGAUGACAUGGGCAGAGCCUCACGUCUCUGUAAGCACGCCCUAUAUAACCGCUGGGUACGACUACACUCUAAGCUUUCGUCAACUCUGCUAAUCAAAGUGCCCAAGCCCAGCUCGUACCACGAAGCCAAACAAGCAGCGGUGGAGUACCAUACGGCCAAGCAAACGCUCAUCAAGGCCUUUCACAAAGCAGGUCUGGGCGCCUGGGUGAAAAAACCCAUAGAACAGGACCAGUUCUCACUGAACUCUUGAAAAGGGAACAUAAAAAGACCAGGACAUGACAACAACCAGCUGUUAAUACUUCACUUGAUGUGCGGGGAUGUGUGUGUGUGUGUGUGUGUGUGUGUGUGUGUGUGUGUGUGUGUGUGAGAUGCUGUUUGAUCUCAGACAAACCAAGAGCCCUUUAGUGUCUGUCAUUUUGCUCUCUUUGUGUGAAUCAUGACUGCCUUUUUAAUUUGUAAUGUAGAAGCAGACUGUCAUCUAACGUAUGUUUGUUUUAAAGUUUGAAGCGGCAUUAGCCUUUAGCAGAUAACAGGACGUAAUGUCAUUUGUAACUGGAAAAAAAAAAUGUAUUUUUAUUUUUUAUUUUUUUGUGAGAGAGGGUUGUUCCGACAAAGCCUUGAUGCCGUAAAUGGCUUCAGGUCGACCACACCGCUGUGCGCACAGGUCUGAAGGUUUCCUGGUCCAGCCUACCAAAAUGCUGGCUCACCUUUUUGAGCAUGGUUCUCCUUGAUAUGCAAAACAUAAGCAUAUUUAUAUUUUUAACUCCAUUGCCACCAGAUUUUAGAAAGGGGAAAAAAUCUAUCACAUAGAUCGUACCUAUACAGCAUGGUCCUUUUAGAUAGACAAACUUAUCUUGUCAGGACUUCAGUGUAGAACUAGCGUACGCCGUCUUUCUAGUCAAAAUUUUAGAUUUUAAUUUGACCUCAGGGGGAAACUUGAAUUUCUUUGCAUAUGGCUCCUUGAGAGCUAUGUAAUCGGUAUUCCCAAACAGUUAUUUAAAUUGGAAUAUAGAGUAGUUUCAUGUAUGCAACCAAAGUGCAUUGAAGUUGUCAAACAAUGUGUCUUGGCUGUUUAAAUUUCUCAGUCUUAAAUGCAUGUGCGAAUUACACAAGGCUGAAAGAAAGCCCUUUAUUUAAUACUUUACUGGCCAAUAAUGGACCAUUUUAGAAGCCCUACUUUUUAGAUGUCUGCACUAUAUGGUCUUUAAGCUGCAUGGAUUCCAUUGGAUCCCAGUGAUCCUGACCUGCUAAUGUGAUCCAGUUAUGUUAAAGGAAUAGUUCAUCCAAAUAUAAAAAUUCACCCUUAUGUCGUUCCAAGCACCAAAUGACUUCCAGAUUGUCUAAAGCUUCACAUGAGGGAUGGACCAAACCUAGAAUCAUUAUGAAUAUGAAACAGCAUGUAGGUGAGUCUAUUUCUAGUUCUAAAUGCAUUCAAGCUGCAUUUAGUCACUGCAGGUUUGAGAGCAGGGAAUUGUGGGAGCCCUUUAAGAUGGCAGAAUGGUCUGUAAAAUGCACGUUUAUUAUUGACAAGUCAUCUGCAUGCAGAAGCGAGGGUUUGCAGAGGCGACUCUGACUUUCACUUUAUCCUUGCGUCUUGUUUGAGGAUUUUUUUAAUUUCCUGCAUAGACCUGAAUGACUACAUUCCUCCUCAGAGACGCUUCUGUAAGACUGAAUUCAGCUGUGUCCUUGAGGAUGGGGUUCUGUAGGAAGGUCUAAGCCAGGAGCUCAGGCGCUCUUUGAUUUAUGACUUAUCCAGUGCAGCAUGUUUGACUGCUAAGGUUAUAGAGCAGAAGUAUUUUCUCCACCGAUCAUUCAUGUGCAGAAAAUUGGGCUUUGGUGGUUUUUCAGAUUGCAGAAGAAUUGCAUGAACUCCUGUUGGGAUUUAGAACUUUCAGUCAUAUGAUUUUCACACUUAAAAUGAAAGAUACAAUGCUGCAUUAGUAUUUCAAGGAAUUGGUGACCCAAAAAUGAAACCUGUGUGAUUUCCUCAAACAUGUAUGCUGUAAGUCAAGCUCUAAAAGGAUCACCAUAAAAUCAGCACAACAUUGCUCUAUAUGACUCGAGUACUAUAUUUCAGGUCUUGGAAUUUUUGUGUGAGAAAUUAUUCACUACUAAACUUCCCCUUCCACUAAAUGACUGAAAUUACAGUUUGGCAUAUGCUGUACACUAUCGUUCAAAAGUUUGGGCUGUGUUUAUUAAAUCAAAAAUACCAUAAAAGUUAUGAAACUUUUGAACACUAUUGUACAGUAUGUAAAAUAACAUCUGAGAGCUGCAGCGGAAGGAAAGAUUUACAAUCAUUAAAUCUCGACUACUUUAAAGGUAGCUUAAUGGGUUUAUGGUCCUUUUUGGGUAGUUUAGAUUUUCCAGAGGCUCUAAUAGGAAAACAGCAUAGAGGUUUGGAAUGAUGAUUUUAGGACGGUCAACUAUUUCUUAAAAUCUUCGAAAUUGUUAAAAGUGCUGAUGUUCACAGAGCCUGUUCUUCAGAGAGACUUCCAUGAAAUCAGACUUGCUUCAUCCUCAGCACAAUCCUUCCAAUUUUCCCUCUUGACGGCAUCAGGUUUCUCCAGCGGGAUUGUGGUUGAUUUGAAAACUUUUAAAGAAACCAGCAGUUUGUCCGUCCGUCCUUCUGUUUGAGUGUGUUCGUUUGUGCACCUGCUGCUGAGCCCAGUUGGCAUUCUGCAGAGACAUCAUGGAAACACGACUGAGAGAUCGCUGCGGAAUCUUCACCAAAGAUGUCAAUUUCUUUUCCUUUUGAAGAUUAUAAACCAACUGAGACUAUUUUUUAAAAGACGAGAAGGUUAUUGGUGCAAAGAUUGUUCAGGAUUUUACAGUUCUGCCUUGUGUUGAGUUUUGUUUCCUUCAUUAUUAACUAAUGUAUUUUUUAUAUAUGUGCAUUUGCGUUGGAUCAGUCAGGACUGACUUGGCUCUGGGACGCGCUCGUCAUUCUCAGUAUUCUGGUACACCGUGGAUGUACUGCUGUAAAUAUAUUGUGACCCUCUCCGAUGCUGUUACAGUAGACUCCUUGCAUAUGUAUUACUAAUUUUAAUUUUUUCACGCAAAAAGCAACAUGCAUUUUCUUUUUAAGGUCUUUCCUCUAAAUGCCAGGGCGACCGUGUCCUUGCAUUGGUUUGUGCUGUAAUGUAUUUCUGAUGGACCCAUAUGAGUGUAUGGGGAUCUGCAGUACUGUAAUGAUUAAUGACUGUACACUUUGACUCCUUUUGCUGUAAUGGAAACGAUUACGGGCUGAAAUUAAUGAGCACAGUUGGUUCUGCAUAAAUGUGGCUCAGCAAAAAGUAGCUCUUUCUGCUGGUGUCACUUUUCAAGGACAGGAGACUUGUGGGAUUUUAUUAAAAAAAAAAACUUUUUCUUUCUUUUGCAACAUCCUAAUUUCAUCUUCACCUUCUAUUCUGCUGCCGUUUUCUGUCACAGGGGAUUUUGAUGGCGUGAGACGCCAGUUGAUGAUGUCACAAUUUUUUCUUUUGGGAAUCUGAGCCUUGUCUUAGCGAAGAGUCCUGACUUCCGUCCUCCUGGUCCUGGUCAGCCCGUUUCUAAACGUCUUGUGAUUUGGUGACUGUACAGUGAAGUCCGGCGGUGGUCCGGCUCGAUCUGGACUCGAUCUCGGUCCACCCCGUCUUUUGCCUGUCCUUUGUAAUAUCCACAUGGGUCACCUGCAUGAGCUACUUCACCGAAGCUGCACCCAGCAUGACGACAUAAGGACUUGUAUGUAGAAAAAGGAACAAAAUAAAAAAUAGAUCUAUAUAUACAUAAGAAAAAACAAAGGAAUAAAAAAAACCAUCUUAGUUUA